AUGAUUGACAAUAUUAAUAAGUUAUCCAAAAAUCUUGAUAGGAAUAAGCAACCACAACAACAAACGGCAGCAUCAAUUGUCAAUUUAACCGAUGAUGAUGUUGUUAAAAUAUGGGAUGCCGUAUCAACUUAUAUUGAAAAUUACAUGAAGCAAUCAAAAGGUGUUGCGAUUCCAGGUUUCGGUACAUUUUCUUUUAUACAUAAACGUAUUGAUAUUGGAAACAAUAAAUAUAUACUAAUUCAACGACCUAUAUUUGAUUUUUCGGAGAAAUUUGCCCAAACACACGGAUUAAAAUUUACACAUUAUCCCGUCAAUGGUUCAAUACCAGUACAUCCAUUAAAUUAUUUUUAUAUUCAAACACAAUCAUCAUAUACACGCGAUCAAAUUGAACAAUGUGUUAAACAUGUUUUACAAGUAUUUAAUCGUUCGGUAGCAGCACAGCGAAAUGUUGAAUUUACAUUUUCACGCAUUGGAAAAUUACAGAUCCGAGAUGGAAAAGUUAAAAUGAGAUUUUUCAAAGAUUUCGUCAAUGCUGUUGAUGGUAAUGGAGGAAAUGCGGGAAAAUAUCUGUUUGAUAAUUCGUGUAAUAGGCCACAAACUAGUGAUUCAGUUAUGUCUGAACGAGAAGCAGCAAGACCUCCAACAGCUUCAAACGUUGUUCUUCCACGACUGAAUAGUCGAAUUGGUAAUCCGUCGAUGCACGCAAUUCAAGAGGAAGAUAAUGGUGAUAAUGAUGAACAACAAAAUCAUUGUGCUGCAUCAUCAGUAAAACGAACACAACAACGAGAACCAACGGUUCCUACGACGACAACACAACAAUCACCUAAUGUUGUGACAACAGUGGGACUAUCCAGCACACAAGAUGGUAUCGUUCCGAUAGCAUCACUUUUUUCAUCACUGGAUCUUGGUCAACCACCUGCAACACCAAAAAAAACAGUAGCAGCGCCUCUUGUUCCAAUGCGACGAACAGUUUCAUGUUGUCAACCUGAAGCAGAAAAAGAACUAAUAAUGGCUAAUCAAUCAAAUGGUACAGUUCUUCGAGCAACGAAUGAAACAAGUGCAGCAUUAGGUUUUACACGUCCGGCCACUGAUCGUAGUGCACGUGAUCGUAUAUCAUCAUCAUUGAAUGUUUUUCCUCAACAAUAUCAAACAAUGAAUUCUCCAUCAUCAUCAUCAUCAAAACCAACAACAUCAUGUGGACAUCAUGGUGCUGGUCAAGAACUUUGUUAUCUAUGUCAUCAACGUGCGAAACGUAAUAUACCUAUUUAUUUACAUGAUGAAAAACGUAUUCGUGAAGCUGAAGAUGCAAAAUUACUCGAACAAUAUCAACAUGAUCGUGAUCUUGAUGAACAUAAGAAACGAGAAAUGGCUCUCAAAGCUGAUCGAGAGGAGAAACAAAGAAUAGCUGCUUAUAAUUUGGGUAUCGCUGAAGCGACACGAGUUAAAAAAAUGGAACGACCAAAAACAAGUGACGUUCCACGUUCAUUUGUAUUUCGAAAACGUGUUCAAACUCCUCCAACAUAUGUUCGUCAACAAGAUUUAGCUAAACAAUUAGAAGCACAAAUCAAAUGGAAACAUGAUGAAGACCAUGCUGAAAAACAAGAUAAAAAUUUUGUUGAACGUUUAGAACAAAUACAAUUAGCGGAAGCAUUGGCACAAGAACGUGAAGCAUAUUUGAGGAGUAAACGACUUCAUCAAGAAGAAAUGAAAAGUGCUUUAGAUAAUCAAGUUCGAAACAAACCAAAUGGAAUUCCGCCCGUUGAAAUAGCAACAGCCUAUUUUGGUGUGAAUGAUAUGACAACAGAUAAAUUACAAGAACGUCGUUUACAAGCAAUGGAAGUCUUCCGACAACAAAAAGAAGUUGUUGAACAACGACAACGACAACAAUUACUUAAACAAAUACGUGAACAAGAAUAUGAAUCACGAGCUUUGGAUGCAAUGAAAGACGACUUCAUAAGUGAUCGUCGUGAUCGAUUCCGUCGAUCAUAUGCAAUACGUAAAGAUCUUGAAACAGAUUGGUCAGGUGCUCUUGAUAUGAAACGUAAACGCGAUGACGAUGAACGAGCACAUGUCUAUGCGCCACAAGGUGUCCUCGUGCAUGAACAAUGUGAUCAAUAUAAACGUUGUGCUCAAUGCCAACGAAAUAUUAACAAUUAUGGUAACUCAAAUAUAUGGAAAGAUACACGAUAUAUACCGGGAACACGUAUUAUGGUUUAA